ACAGUUCAUGUCGUCAUGGAAUCGAGCCAGCGGGUAGUGGGCGGUCCUUCAAAACUGCUUCGCUCUGAUUGGUCCAUCACCCAGUGCUUCUUCUCUUUAGUGAACCCAUUGAGUGGUCGGCUAAUGCUGAAGCUGCUAGUAGUGCCUUAUCAACGCUGCACACACCACACGAUGUCUUCACUUUCACAGACAAAGGAACUCUUCAGGAGAGCAGAUGCUGUCUGCUUCGAUGUGGACAGCACAGUUAUCAAAGAAGAAGGCAUAGAUGAACUUGCCAAAUUUUGUGGUGUGGGGGAUGCAGUCACUGAAAUGACACGCAAAGCCAUGGGUGGCUCCAUGACGUUUAAAACUGCGCUUACGGAGCGUCUCUCCAUCAUCCGAUGCUCCAGAGAACAAGUGAACAAACUUAUUACAGACCACCCACCUCAGCUGACUCCAGGUAUUAGGGAGCUCGUGGACCGUCUACACCAGCGCAACAUAAAGGUGUUUCUCAUCUCAGGCGGCUUCCGCUGCAUCGUUGAACAUGUGGCCACUCAGCUAAACAUUCCUCUACAUCACGUCUACGCCAACCGGCUCAAGUUCUACUUCAACGGAGAGUAUGCUGGUUUUGAUGAGAGUCAGCCCACAGCUGAGAGUGGCGGAAAAGGGAGGGUCAUCAGCAUGCUGAAGGAGCAAUACGGCUUGAAGACCGUAGUGAUGAUUGGAGACGGAGCCACUGAUCUAGAGGCCUGUCCUCCUGCGAGUGCAUUCAUUGGAUUUGGAGGAAACGUCAUCAGGCCGCAAGUUAAAGAGAGGUCUUUGUGGUACGUCACAAGUUUUGGGGAGCUGCUAAAGGAGCUUGAGAAGAUCUAAGAUGCUACAAUAGUGUUUUCCUAACCCUUUUUUACUAUUAUUGCACCAGAGGGUGUGCCUCUGGGUUUAACUUGGUGCACUUUUUUCCUUUUCACUCUGCAUAGAUUUCUACAAUGACUCAAAAUGUCAACUCUAGCCAGACACAUUUUACCUUCAUGGGGAUGUUAACUGUUGAUUUUUAUAGUAGAAGACACUAAACAAAACACCACACACAAUGUCUGUGUGGGGAUUAAGAAAUAUUAUUUUUGAUGUUUCUGCACUUUCUAAGUCUUUAGACAAACUUACACGAUUCCUUAAUGUUACGGCAAGUGCAAUGAGUGAUCGAGAUGUUCUAAUUCAGUAUGAAUGCUAAGAGCUGUAACCAGACAUGUCAAUGAGUGUGUUAAGAACAUCAGAAUAAAAAUAACAUGUUAUCCAAGUCGCUGUUUGAACUCUUUUAAUUGGUUGUAACUUUCUUGUCCUUCCCUCACUGUACUCCAUGAACUGAGGGGAAAAAAAGAUAUACAUGCUUCCUUUUGACAACUCUGAUUAUUCAAUAUACAGCAGCACAAGUUGGUGCUAGACUCACUCAGCCACUCGUAGACAACAUUUCCAGAGCUUCUGAAGCAAUGGUCAUACUCCUUUUAAAACAUGUUGAAUAAAAACCGUCUUUAAAAUCAGGCAUGUCGUCUUCACAAGACUAAAAGUAGAAGCCAUAGACAUGAACACAGCACCAUGAAACAUCAACAUUAUCGAACAGGACACAGAGGAAGAGCCAGAAAAAAAACCCCACAACUGAAAGGUGUAGUUUGCAACAAAAAAAGGAAAGAUCUAUCAGAAUCAAAUCUGAAAUUUCGAGAUUUACAUUCCACACCAUUUCAGACUUAAUAAUAGUUUUAUUAUAUAUAGAGGCUUUCUCUCAUCACUCUGAACUAACAUGGCUUUUCUUUUAGUUGUGAAACUCAGUACACGUUUAACUUUUUUUUCCUCCAAAUUGACAUAAA